AUGGCCAAGUACUUUGACAUUGACGACAUACUUAUAGAGGAAGAGUUUGUCCCUGUGUUAUUCCAUAAAACAGCAAAUGGAGUGACUAUUGAUCUAAGUGCUGAGACAAGCUGUGUUGAACAAGGCGCUAAAGUUGAAUUACCUUUCUGGCUUGCUCAUGAGUUGUAUUUGAGACAAGCUGUGUCUAUAAACCUUCCUGCCUGUUUCGACCAAAAGACGAAGCUUGAAAUACAGGCUGAUGCAGCGUGUGUAGAUCUUAGAUCACGCUGUCCGUAUUUCUACGAAUUUGGGUGCAAGUUAGAGCCAUUAGUUACAGAUAGAACGAUUGGAAUCUUGCUAUCGACUGCGUUUAAGAUCAGAUACAAAGAGACACUGACAAAAGUAUACACCGCAGCUCAUAUAACAGCUUCCAAGUUCUUGCCACUCUUAACAAAAGAAGAAACAAACUUGUACGAAGCAGCUCACUUGUCUAUGACAGAGUUCAAGAAAUGGAGAGUAGGAGGUGCUCGAUUCCAGAGAGCUUCAAUACUUGGAAGAAAACGCAAGGAAACUUAUUAA